AUGUUCAAGAAUGAUUUCACUAUCGUUUUGUUACUUACCACAAUCAACUUUUUUUGGGCUUCUACUCUUGAUAUUGAAAAAAACCAAGACAUAAAUAAGUAUCAACAUCAAAAUGACGUGGUAAAAAAAAAUUCCAGUUUAGUAAAGCAAAGUUCUGUAACUAAUGGACAUCAUGAUUCUCCUCAGCAACAACAUCUAUUAGUUAAUACAAUUGACGGACAAGAGAAAGGUCUUACUAUAAUUGGAUUAGAUCAUGAUAAACUUGGACAUCCAGGUAAGAUGACACGCGAAGAAUUUGAAAAAGUUUCAUUACAUUAUCUCAGAAUGAUAGAACCAGAUGACAUUACUAAAGAGUGGAGAACAAAGAGGAAACGAAUGAGAAAAAAAAAAGUUCUUAAAAAAAAGAAAAAAAAAAUGAUAAGAAACAGGCAAUUAAUAAAAUAAAUACCUAAAGUGAUACAGAUGGUUUUAGUUUUCGUAUUUAAUAAUAAUUCAAUCGAUUAGAUAAAAUAA